AUGGAGCUACUUGGGCUCACUAUUGAUUACUACGCCGUUCUUCAAAUAUCUGAAAAUGCGGAUGAAAGCACUAUUAGAGCUUCCUAUAAACGCCUUGCCUUGAUCAAGCACCCCGAUAGAAACAAGUCUCCAAACGCCACGACGGAGUUUCAGAGAGUACUGAAUUUUGUUCCUAUUUUAGACACCGGAUGGAUUGUGCAGGAGGCUUACGAGGUCCUCAAAAAUCCAGACAGACGAAAACGUUUCGAUGCCCAAUUGUCCUGCAUCCGACGCGAGGCCGCUGUCCGAAACUGUUUUGCCUCAAAUCGGGAUUCAAGUGGCGAUGUCAAAAGCCAAUCUCCCGAAUUUUAUGAGAAAGCUAUCUACGUGCAGGAGCAAAAGCUAAAUGACUUGGAGAAUGAAAGGGCGAAGCUCGGAAGAGAUCGCUGCGCCAAACUCCAAGAAAUUUACAAACAUGCAGCAGCAAUAAAAAGACUUCAGGAACAAGAUGAAGAAGCUGCGAUGGAGGACUCUAAGAGAAGCACUUGGAUUAGCUUUCUCACUCUUAAUCGGUAUACCCGCUCCGAGAUCGAGCAGCGAAACCGGGCUGCCACGCUGCGAAAAACCAAUCGCAGAGAUCUGGAAGAUAUUCUCUGUGAUCUUGAAACCGGGCGAGACCACCUUUCGGGGAAGAUAUCGUCGUUAAAUGUUGAGAUUUUUCAGGUCCUUCUUAGAAAGAGAGAACUCGUAGAAGCUCAAAGUAGAGCACAGGCGGCAGUAAGGGCCAAAAUGGAAGAGCAAAACAAAGAACAAGCACGAAAACGACAACAUGCAGAACAGAAAUUAAGGAGGCAGAGAGAGGAAAUGUUGCAGAAUGAGAUUAUAGGAUUGGCAAGGAAAGAAAAGGAAGUACAAAUGAGGCGGGAAAGACAACAACAGAUGGUUUGGGAGGUAGAAGAACGGUUUGCAAAAGAGAGAUAUCGACCUACGAGGACAGAGAUACAACGGGGGGUAUCUUCGAAACUGGACCAAAGGACCAAAGAAGGAAUGUCAAGGACGUAG